AUUUUAAUUUCCCGCCUCUUCUUGAACAUCGCCUUACUCUCAUGUUUUCAAGAAAAGGAUUGUUCAUCUCUUUCCAAUUCUUCUUCAGCUUCUUUCUGCUGAGUGAUGCUUUCCAACCUGCUGACUGUGAGGUGCUAUGAGAUUUCCUGGUUAUACAAUAACUUCUACCUGAAACAUGAGGAGAUAAUGGACUGAAAAAAGACAUGUUUAGGACUUCUAUGCUGAGAACAUUUAUUUCCUUGUCACCAAAGUAUCCUUUACAAUGUUGUUCCAAUAGCUUUUUGGGAAAGAAGCCUGGAUGGUAAUCAAGCAUGAACUAAGUGAUCUGCAGCGAGAUCCACCAGCCCACUGUUCUGCAGGACCUGUUGGAGAUGACUUGUUUCACUGGCAAGCAACUAUUAUGGGACCUCCCGAUAGUGCAUAUCAAGGGGGAGUAUUUUUUCUCACAGUACACUUUCCAACAGACUAUCCUUUCAAACCACCAAAGAUUGCUUUUACAACAAAAAUAUAUCACCCAAACAUAAACAGCAAUGGGAGUAUUUGUCUUGAUAUCUUGAGAUCACAAUGGUCACCAGCUCUGACUGUUUCUAAAGUUUUAUUGUCCAUAUGCUCCUUACUUUGUGAUCCUAAUCCAGAUGAUCCUUUAGUACCAGAUAUUGCACAGAUCUACAAGUCAGACAAGGAAAAAUACAACAGACAUGCAAGAGAAUGGACUCAGAAAUAUGCAAUGUAAACUUUUGAAGACAUUUUCAUAUACCACAGAGUACUGUAAAUUAUAGGGUUUUUUUCAAAAUUAGAAGGAAAUGGAGCACAGUUUAUGGUUUCAAUGUGACACUCCUUGAAAUUUUUUUCACCCGUGUAAGUGUGUUUCUGGAGCAAGAGAGAACAAACUUCUGAAAAUAACCUUAUGACUUUGAUAAGAAUAUUUAUCCUCUUCGUAUGCUUUGCAGAAGACAUUUAUUAUAGUUUUUAAGAGUUGGACACCUGCAUCUUCAGACUGCAAGACCUAUAAUUCAGUUGUAAAUCAACAAAAUUAUUUUUGCUGGAAAAAGUAGCUGUUUUCAUGUGAUGAAUACUGUGUGUGUGUCAUUGAAGUAUGUUGUCUGUUUCACAAGUGUGUUCAAGUUUCUUUUUGUUAGUUCUCUUAUAUAAUUUGUAUUUUUUUUUAUUGUAUAGACUAUUUUAUUUACAAUGUAAGUCAUUUAAUUUUAGACUUGCUUGUGCACAGUAUUGACGAGAUACAACUUCUAAUAGUGAAAAUAAUUGGAGUAUCUCACCCAUUGUAAUAUUCUGAAGACUGACUGCAGCUAAAAUGAUCUUUGCACUGUAAAUCUUUGUAUGCUGAUUAUGGAGAAACACUUGGGUUUGAUUCUGUUGCAUACUUGACUUGAUUUUAUCGCAAUGUGAACUAAUUGCACUGGUAUGUAGAAAGAUACGUAACCAUUUUGUUGCUAUUCACAUCUGAUUUUUUGACGUGUGGGCAACAUAAUACUAUCACAGACCUUUUACAGAUCCAGAUGUAGCCUUUUCCAUAUAAAUAAAAUACAUUUUCUACUUUC